AUGGCUGUUCUGGGUGAGAAAUAUUCUGAUCUGUUGCAGUGUCUUCAAUACCAGUUUUAUCAGAUUCCUGGAACAUGCCUUCUCCCUGAGGUGACUCAACAAGACCAGGGCCGAAUAUGUGUGGUGAUUGACCUGGAUGAGACCUUAGUGCACAGUUCCUUCAAGGUGAAACCCUUGAUCCUUUCAUUGUCAUUCUACGCACAAAGCAGUCCCUUUAUUUCUUUCUUUCUUUCUUCUGGCUAGUAUGCUGACCCAGUGACGGACCUUCUGGACAAGUGUGGAGUCUUCCGGACCCGCCUCUUCCGGGAGUCGUGCGUAUUCCACCAGGGAUGUUACGUGAAGGAUCUCAGCCGGUUGGGCCGUGAUCUGCGCAAAACCCUGAUCCUGGACAAUUCUCCAGCUUCCUACAUCUUCCAUCCAGAGAACGCGGUGCCGGUCCAGUCUUGGUUUGAUGAUAUGACAGACACUGAGCUGCUGAACCUGAUUCCUGUGUUUGAGGAGUUGAGUGGAGCAGAAGAUGUCUACACCAGCCUCGGCCAACUAAGGGCACCCUAACAUUUUCCUAGUGCUGUGGCCGCUGGGGAAAACUACUUUUUUUUUUCACUCUGUGCCUUCAGUAUUGGCCAGGAGGGAAAGGGAACAGUGCAAUUGCUCCCCAUUCACCCUGCCACAAGGCAGAUACAAGCACUUUGGAGGCAAUAACCUGCCUGGCUGCCUUCUGUGCAAUGCCAGAGCAGUUUCCAACCAGGGUAUGGCUGGAUGCUAGAGCUUCUAGCCUUUCCACCAAGAGCAGGGACAUCCAAAAUAACCCCACCCCAUUCCCAAUAGUGCUAUGCACUGCGCCCCAACCUUUAGGGGAAUCCUCCCUCCCCCCCUCCCUUCCCCCCAAGGCAAUGCCAAAUGUUUUGGAUGGAUUCUUUAAAAGGUACAUCCUCCUCACUUGCUUUUACAUAUUCUUGGCAGUGCUUCUUACGCAGCCCCCAGGCGAAAAUAUGUGGAGACUUCUCAUCUCUUGGCUGGGAGUCAGGAUGGCCGCCUCUACACCCUUCAGAUGUUUCUGUUCUUGCCUGAUCUUCUGAUACAGGAUCUUUCUGGGUUGUUUUGAAGUUGCUGCUUUCCUUGCCUGUUUUGUGAAGUUACCUUUGCUUCACAAUCUCUGGUUCUGGGCCUCAUUGCCCUGCUGGCUUUGAGAAACCCUUCCUCCUGUGUGUGUGCGUGUGUGUGUUUUAACAUUCUGUCUUGCAGUUGUGUUUUGCCUCUGAUGAAAGGUGAGACCCCUGGACUGAGAACAAACCUUCCUCCCCCAACACUAGUAGCACAUAGCAUUAGUGAGGACAAAGCUAGCCAGUCCCACCAAUGCCACACUCCCUUAUUUGCUCAAAAGAUAAAGCGUCUCUGCACUCCAGCUUUGAUCUGUUUCUUUGGGCCAGGUGGGUGAAGGAAGUGACUUCCAUUGCCUUAAACGGCACCCUGUUAGGAGGCUGCCAGGUCAGUAGAGUGCCUCUCCUCAGCCCAGUUCUUCCACUGUCUUUCAGUGUGAAUGAUUGCCUGGAAGAUGGGAGGAUUCUGAUGUUCGUCCCCUGGUGGUUUUACCUCACGAGAACGCUGAAGGCGUAACUUCCCACUCAGGAUUCACUCUUAAGUUCCAUCAUUAUAACAUGACAGCCCUUCGUCCCCCUUGGAUGGUGACAGUGAGUUGGGGAAUGAAUCUUUUAGAAACUAGGAGACUUUCCAUGUGCGCACAAGCCUGCUUCCUAUGUCAUUUGCCUUAACAACUGCCUUGCUGUCUCUGUGCUGCAGCUGCUUGGCAGCAAGCAACUGUGCCUCUUUUGGUGUGGCCUCUCCAAUUCCCGCUCUUCUCCCCCCAAUGCAUUCUCAAGCUGGCUUCAGCUCCAAGCAACCAAAAGUAGUUGGAGAGAAUAUUUAAAUCGCAGAGAGUUGCCUGUGGACAUUGGUCUUUUUCUUCCUAGGGUUAAGGUCCUCUUGUCCUUUCGAACUGUGCCUGACAUACUGUGAACAUGUGUUUCUCAAGUGCCACUUGGGAGCAAGGGAAACCAAAUGGAUCAACAGUGCCGGCUUGCUUCCCUCCGCCCCCCCCCAAACUAUCAGCAAUGUAUUGCAAGAGAAUCUAAUCUGUAUUUAGCCAUUGUAGGGCUGGUAGCAAAGGGGGUGGGAGCAGGGUAGAGUCCAUGGGGCUCUUUUUAAAAAAUGAAAAUGGUGCUGCCUUAUUGGUUAAGGGGUGGAGGGCAAGUUGCAGGUCAUCUAAUCACUUCAGGACCAAAGCAUUGAUCCCUGCUGUUGGUUGACCAGCCAGCUGUUAGACCGACCAACAUGCUACUUGAUAUUUUCAUGCUUGCUUUAAGUGUGCUGAUCAGUUUUCAGUGGAUUCCUGAGAGAGAGUGUGCAUGCUUAGUCAAACUCUAGUCAAUUCUUGAAGUGGAAUGGGCCCUGUUGCUCCAAUUUUCCCCUGGCUUCAUUUUUCUGGUCCUGUUUGGUCUCCUUUGCUGAGGGCCUGGAUUCCUGUGUUUGGGGGAGGGCAGGAGGAGGGAUAGGUUUCCAAUUUCAGACACCCAACAAGGAAGUUCUUCCCCUCCCUUGCAGUUCAGCCAGCAGCUGCUUACGCACACAAGCCGGGAGGAGCCGUUAAACUUUGCAGAGUUAAUGAAUGUUGGAAAGAACAAAACCUUUUUGUUUUCCAUUCCUAUUCUCACAGUUUUGUUCUUGCUUUGUGUCAACCGAAGACCAAUUGCCCCCCCCCUCUUCCUUCCUUCCUCUCAUGCCAGCAGCUGCCCCAGCUCUUUCUUCAAGAUGAAACAGGUUUCUAGUCCUUUGUUGGACCAAGGUUAGAUGCUGCCCCCUGAAGGGGAAAAAAGAAAAGAAAAAACCAAUUCCCAGUAACCUUAGCCAGUUGUGGUCAUAGGUGGGGGAUGCUGGGGGUUGUAGUCCAAUAUACUCUUUAUCUACAUUUGCUGCAGAAAUCACUUUUUUAAGCCUUAAAAGAGGGUGGGAUUACAAAGAGAAGAAGGCAACCCAUUUAUUCUCCUCUCUAAAUUGCAGUGAACAACAUCGCAGUCCAGGCGUGGAGGGAUCUGUACGAAACAAGUCUGAUCUGAAAUGAGGCAGAUUUUUGGGGAGCGGGGUAUUUGAUUUUACCAAGUUGGGAAAAAGAAACGGAUUGCUGAGAGUCAUGUGGACAUGGUGAUGAAUCCCUUUGGGCAAUCCUGCGUGGAGGGAAACAAAACGAUGAUAAUAGGACUUCAGUAUCUAGCAGCGCCUGCCAUGUUGCCCAUAAGCGCCCAAGCCCACUCUUGAGUCAAGAUUGUAAAUCAUGUUUUAGAGCCAUAAGGAUUCCUGGGUCCAAACUACCAUGUUGGGAUUGUGCCUUGAUUGAACCAUGGUUAAUGAGGGUAGAACUCCAGCCAAGAGGCGGCCCCAGCACUUUACCAGGGCCAUGCCUUUCAUGGCUGCCCCAUGUACUGACUUACACUAAAGACACAUACACACACAAAUCUACCCACGCUUGUUAUGGUACCUUUUUACAUCCAGUCAUGUUUGGUGCUCCCAUUUCAUACAAGAAAUGGAAGCUGUUGGCUUUUGAAGGAGAAAAAAAAGCCUCCAGCUUUCGCUUCUCCUCUCCCUUCUCAUUAAACUGUACAAAUUUAUCACAUGUCCUCACUUGCUGGUUUUUUUUUUGUUUUGUUUUUUAAAUGUUUUAAUUGAAAAAAAAUCCCAAAACUUGAAGCUGGCACUUGUUGCCAUUAUGAACUCUUUCUAUUUUUGGAAUCUUUGUAUUAACUGCAAUUAAAGAAAUAAAAAGAGAUCAAACUC